AUGAAGUUGCUCUGGCGCCGCAACGAACGCACGCGGUCGUGGUUUACCGCGAGUCCGCAUACGACUGCCAACUCGCCGACGUCGCCAUUUGCCAAAGGGUCGAUGAGUGUGGUGUACGACGCAGCGACCCGCGCAACCCUGGCGACUCGAAAGGCCACACGGCUGCGGCCGUCGUCGGCAUCGCCGAAGAAAGGUUUUUCCAUGCGGCGCAAGACGGCACACAACCUCGAGAAAGACGAAGAGCAGUCUCCUCGAUCGUCGCACCACCAGCGCCACCAUCGCGCCACGACCUUGGCUCCCCCGACGUCCCCGCACGGCGGCGCGCCAUCGUUGGAUUUCGACAUUGACAGCGUAUCGGUCGCCGAUGGGGCGGACGAUGAACCAGACGAUUUGUCCGAGUCGUCCUCGCACGCCGAGCACUGUGCAUCGCCGCUGGCGUCGCCGCUCGAGCACAGCAUGGAUGGCGAGUGCAACUUUGACUUGAGCUCGGAGGACAGCGGGCUCGACGACGAAGUGUAA